AUGUCCUCUCCAGCACCACUGCUCCGUCCACCCGUCCCGGGCGGUCGCUCCAACAGUGGAACACGUACACCUCGCCUCGGUCUCUCCAUCCCUUCAUCGAAUGCGCGCCCCGUCGUGAACGGCGCAACGGACAACCAGCAGCCUCUUGCCCGCCCGCCGCCACCGCAGCUACGGAUAGCUACCCCCCUCGGCUCGAACCACACUCCCCGCGAGGGUCGUCCCCACGCCAGAAUCCUCCCACCUCUACAAAUCGGCACCGGCCUUUCUGCCGGGGGCUCCAGUGAUGCAAGUGCACACUCGCGGUCCGGCAGUUUCGGCGAGGCCCAGGCAAAUGGGUCAACGUCCGCUGCAUCAUCAUACUCACAACUGGGGUUCCCAGGUUUACAACGACCCAACCAAUCAUCAGACCCUAUUUCUGCGAUAUCGCAGGGCGGAAGCGAUGAAGCUCCGUCGAUGGAGAGGGAGAACAGCAGCCAACCACUUCCCGAUCUUGAAAAAUUAGCAGCCGAGAAAGGCCGACCUCUUGAUGUGGAAGACUUGGACGACGCUGGAUGGAGAGCUGCCAGCGCCUCGGGAAUGAUCGAGGAACAAGGCGGCCUCGGCGAAGGUGCCGGAGGUGCCGUCACUAGGUGUAAACUGAAAGGCGGAAAGACCGUUUUUGCCCUCAAGAUAAUCACCACAAACCCCGACCCGGAUGUCAAGAAGCAGAUUGUGCGAGAGCUCCAAUUCAACAAGAACUGUGCGAGUGACCAGAUUUGCCGCUACUACGGUGCCUUCAUGGACGACAGCACGGGAACCAUCAGUAUCGCCAUGGAGUUCUGCGAAGGAGGUUCCCUGGACUCCGUCUAUCGCGAAGUUAAGAAGCUAGGAGGUCGAACGGGAGAGAAGGUUCUCGGCAAGGUUGCUGAAGGAGUUUUGAACGGCUUGAAGUACCUUCAUGGCCACCGCAUCAUCCAUCGAGAUAUCAAGCCAAGCAACAUUCUGCUAUGCCGGAAUGGCCAGGUGAAACUCUGCGAUUUUGGCGUGUCCGGCGAGUUUGGGACUAAGGGAGACGCCAACACCUUCAUUGGAACGUCCUAUUACAUGGCUCCGGAGCGCAUCACUGGACAGAGCUAUACCAUCACCAGUGAUGUUUGGAGUCUUGGUGUCACGUUGCUGGAGGUGGCACAGCAUCGAUUCCCCUUCCCCGCCGACGGCACCGAGAUGAACCCUCGCGCUGGCCUUAUCGAUCUGCUCACAUACAUCGUUCGACAACCCAUUCCCAAACUCAAAGACGAGCCGGAAAACAAUAUUCGAUGGAGUGAGAACUUCAAGUACUUCAUUGAAUGCUGCCUCGAGAAAGACUGUCCCCGUCGUGCAACACCCUGGCGAAUGCUUGAGCACCCUUGGAUGGUCGAAAUGAAGGCGAAGAAGGUCAACAUGGGCAACUUCCUCAGACAAGUCUGGGACUGGAAAGACUAA